AUGCAUGGUUCUUCUCAGCUUUUCAUCGUAUCAUUCUUGGCUCUGUUAAGUGGUUUCCCACAGAAUAACCUAGACGUACCAAAUGGUAGCCACCUGUUGGAUUUGCAAUCAAAAGGAUACUCAAGAAAUCUUGCUGAGAAUUCCCCCAUCUUGAAUUCCCCUGAUAAAGGAGAAAAUGGCACUACCGAUGGGGACAAGAACGCGGCCUGCGCGAAUGGAGACGGAGAGAAGAACAACGCCUCGGUGAAUGUAGGUGCUCCAAAGAGUGACGUUGGUCCGAUUGCAAAUGCACAAAAGGAAACGCCAGGUGCAAACGGAAGCACUAAGGCGAAAAUGGACGAUGCGAAAACAAACGAGGAAGAAAAAACUGCCGGUGCGAGUGCAAAUGGAGAAAAAAAAGACGGCGAGUCGAGCGGCGAUGGUGGAAGCGAACUCCCAUUUGGGUGCACCGAGGAAGAAAUGAAACAAGAGUUAACAAGGAAUCAAUUAAUUGACCUAACCGAUUCAUGUGGCUGGUUCAUACUAGACAAGAAAUUGGUGUAUCUGUCCUUGCAUCACCACAAAUUGCACUUAACAAGAACGUAUUAUGGCAUGAUGCACAAAUUAUGGGGAGUACUUUGCGAUUUGGCUCUACAACACGGAAUGCCAGAAGAAGAAAAAAAAAAUCUCUGGGAAGAAUGCAGUAAGGAGCUAAUUCAAAAAUUGAAUGAUCUGUUAGAACGCUCUCAAAAAAAUUCAGAUUCCUUUUUACAAAAAAAUAUAUAUGGAGACUAG